UACAGUAACCCUGCCAUCUGGCGACAUCUGAAAGAUGGAAAAGGAGAAGGAAUGUCGAAAUCUGAAAAGAGAAACAAACAUGGGUGUAGAAAUUUCACUUAUUCAGUAAGAACUGAGUUUCAUAGAAAAUGAUUGUCAUGGUUUUGUUUAAUAUCUUCGUUUUCGUCAAUUUCUCAUAUUCGUUGGCUAAUUUAAAUGAUUCUAGCAUUUUAUAUUCUCAAGUUGUCUCUAAUAAGUGUGCAUCUAAUAAUGGUAUAUUCUGUGAAUGUUCGAAACAAGGCGGAGAAAUUAAGAUUUGGAAUUGCAUCCGUCCAGGAGGUUGGUCAACGUGGUCAAAAUGGUCGAAAUGUAGAGAAGGUAUCCGAAAAAGAAGACGAACGUGUAAUAAUCCUUUACCAAUUGGUACCACUUGUUCUGGCCAGAAAGUUGAGAAGCAAUCUUGUGCAAUUUCUUCAAAUGUACCGGAGUAUCUUUUUGGAUCCUGGACAUCCUGGAAUCCAUGGUCUCGAUGCGAUUGUGAUCGUAGCCUGAGGAUACGAACUCGGCACUGCAAAGGUAAUUCCUGCGAGGGAUGUGACAAGGAUUACGAAGAUUGCCGCCCAGAUGAGUGUCCAAUUAGUAAAAAAUGGUCCGAAUGGACAGAUUGGGUGAAUUAUGGAAUUGAGCAAGUACGGUUUUCAGCCUGGUGUUCGUCAUCAAACGUGGCGAAUACUGAAGUGGGAAUACGGAAGGAGACUCAAGACUCAAUGAAGCAUGCCAACUGGUCUGAAUGGCAUAUGCAUCCAGGAGUUGCAUACCGUUAUCGUCUUCUUCACAACUCUUCUAUUUCCAUCGAACACCAUCUCUUAUCAAGAUUCACGUCAUCAUGUCUUCCCUUGCAUUUUGCAAUUCCAAUAUUUUGUUUUUGUAUUCUCACGGGUUUCCUUCUUCAAAAUAUUAUUUAUUGUGUUGUGAAUCGUUUUAAAAGGAGAUUCAUAAGAUUGAAUUAUUCGUAUGAUUCAAAUCCACGUGACUAUCCUUCUCAUUUGAUUCGUUCUCCGGGUUCCCCGAAAGAUGAAAGUUUUUGGUGAAUUUCGGAUGCUUUCGAGAACAGUCUCUGUCUGCCCAUUUCUCACGCCACGAUAAUAAAAGUUAUCAUUGAUC